CAGUAAAGCCAGUUUUCAUAGCACGAGUUAAAGAGAAAUUAGAAUGAAGGAAAUGGAAAAUCGAUGACUAACAAAAAAAGGAAAUAAGUGCAGAAAGACAGUCCUAUAAAAGCCACGAUACUUCCCAUCCAGUAUACUGGUUCCAUCGCUGCCCGCCCCCCUCUCUCUCUCUCUCUCUCUCUCUCUCUCUCUCUCACCAGCACUCCCCUUCUCUCUCUCUCUCAGCUGCUCUCCCUCCCCUCCCCUCUCUUCCCGUGGAUAGUGUAGCUCUCUCUCUCUUCCUCUCUCUCUCUCGCAGUCUGGUGGAGCCGCACACAAGGAUUAGAGGGUUGCUGUGAGUGUCUGCUCAAAGAGAAGAAGCCAGAAGACAGAAAGAAAGAGAUAAAAAAAAAAAAAAGAUCUCCAGAAAAGGAUAGCCUUUACUAUUGUGGAUAAGUGAUCUGAUUUACCUUUUACACAGGCUCUUCCUCUCAUCUGACGCCAAGCUGAAGCCCUGCUGAAGCCUUCACCUGGGGGAAGACACUGAUAAACCAAAGGGACUAUAUAGCCUGGACCUCCACCCGGGGAGCCAUGUGAGCGGCACCCCUCCACCCACUUCACACUACAGAAGUCCCCCCACAGUCUGCUCUCUGAGCUGGGGAGCAGGAUUUUUAUUUCACCCCCCCACCUUCCUUCUCCCUGGAACCUCCACUUUCAGGGACUCUCCAGGCUCGGCGGACCCCAGCGGGAGACACUCAUCUCUGGGUUACUGGUCGGGGGUGUGAGUGCCCCCUGGUCUGGAGGCCAGCCAGCAGCACUCCAGCACCAUGGAUUACCUGUUUGGGAUUGUAGUGCUGCUGUGCGGGGCGGUGCAGCCGGGAAGAGGUGCUGAGCCCAAGCACAACGUACCCAGGCUAAAGCUGUCAUAUAAGGAGAUGUUAGAGUCCAGUAACCUCGUCACCUUCAACGGCUUGGCCAACAGCUCGAGCUACGACGCGUUCCUAUUGGACGAGGAGCGAGGGAGACUAUUGGUCGGAGCCGAGGAUCACAUCUUCUCCUUUGACCUCGUCAACAUCAACAGAGACAACAAAAUGAUUGCGUGGCCCGCCACCCCCUCCAAGAGGGAUGAAUGCAAGUGGGCAGGGAAAGACCUUGGGAAAGAGUGCUCGAACUUCAUCCGGGUCCUCCAACCGUUCAACCAAACCCACCUGUACAUCUGUGGCACAGGAGCCUUCCACCCCAUCUGCUCUUUUCUGGAAAUGGGCAAGAGGGCAGAGGACAACAUCUUCCGACUGGCCUCACACUUUGAGAACGGCCGCGGGAAAAGCCCCUACGACCCCAAAAUGCUGUCAGCUUCACUUUUGCUCGAUGGAGAGUUGUACUCUGGCACAUCUGCUGAUUUCAUGGGAAGGGACUUUGCUAUUUUCCGUACCCUGGGAGAUCAUCAUCCAAUCAGAACAGAGCAGCAUGAUUCAAGAUGGUUGAAUGACCCCAGGUUCAUCGGUGUCAACUUGAUCCCAGAAAGUGACAACCCUGAAGACGACAAGAUCUUCCUGUUUUUCAAGGAGAACGCCAUGGACGGAGAGCACACUGGCAAGGCUACCAUCGCCAGGAUAGGACAACUGUGUAAGAAUGACAUGGGAGGUCACAGGAGUCUGGUGAACAAGUGGACCACUUUCCUCAAGGCUCGACUAAUGUGUUCGGUUCCCGGGGUCAACGGCAUUGACACGCACUUUGAUGAGCUGCAGGACGUGUUUCUCAUGAGUUCCAAGGACCCGAAGAAUCCCGUUAUCUACGCCAUAUUCACCACGUCCAGCAACAUCUUUAAAGGCUCAGCAGUGUGUAUGUACAACAUGGCCGACAUCAGGAGGGUUUUCCUGGGUCCCUACGCCCACCGAGAUGGACCCAACUACCAGUGGGUGCCUUUUCAAGGGAGGGUGCCCUACCCCCGGCCCGGCACCUGCCCCAGCAAGACAUUUGGAGGAUUCGACUCCACUAAAGACCUCCCUGAUGAUGUCAUCACCUUCGCCAGGGGCCACCCAGCCAUGUACAACCCAGUGCACCCGAUAGGGGGGCGUCCCAUUAUGGUGCGGACGGACGUGGACUACCAGUUCACCCAGCUGGUGGUGGACAGAGUGGAGGCAGAGGACGGACAGUACGAUGUCAUGUUUAUCGGGACAGACAUGGGCACGGUACUGAAGGUGGUGACAAUCCCCAGAGAGAGCUGGCACGACCUGGAAGAGGUGGUGCUGGAGGAGAUGACUGUCUUCAGGGAGCCGACUCCCAUCACUGCUAUGGAGCUGUCCACCAAGCAGCAACAGCUGUACCUUGGCUCGGGCCUGGGAGUAUCGCAGAUGUCUCUGCACCGUUGCGAGGUGUAUGGGAAAGCUUGCGCUGAGUGCUGCCUGGCCAGAGACCCCUAUUGCGCCUGGGACGGCAGCGAGUGCUCGAGAUACUUUCCUACUGCCAAGAGGCGAACCAGACGACAGGACAUCAGAAACGGAGACCCUCUCUCUCAGUGCUCAGACCUUCAGCAUCAUGACGACACGGACGGCUUCGGCGCCGGCGUGGAGGACCGGAGCGUGUACGGCGUGGAGAACAGCAGCAUGUUCCUGGAGUGCAGCCCAAAGUCUCAGAGAGCGCUCAUCUACUGGCAGCUGCAGAAGCCCAACGACGACCGCAAGCACGAGAUUAAGGUAGAUGAGCGGGUGCUGCGUACAGACCAGGGCCUGCUGAUCCGCAGCCUGGCCCAGUCUGACUCUGGGCUCUACCACUGCCAGGCGGUGGAGCACGGCUUCAUCCAGCCGCUGCUGCGCCUCAACCUCCAGGUCAUCCCCGCCCAGAAACUGGGUGACAUCCUGCCUGGACUUCCCAGUGCCGGAGGCGGGGCGGGUCACUCUCCCAAGCACAGGCUGUGGUACCGCGACUUCCUGUCUCUCCUGGACCACCCAGACCUCAACAGCGUGGAGGAGUUUUGCGACCGAGUUUGGAAGAAAGAACGUAAACAGAAGAGGGUGAAGACGCCCAACGGAAACAGUAAACCCGACAGCACCGGCGGCGCUUCAAACCCGGCGUUAAGGCCCAAAGCUCCGGCUCCAAACGCCCAGAAGCAGCAAGGCGGCCCGCCCCAGAGCAGGCCAUGGCUCCAGGCUGGAGCUCCCACAGUGGAAGGGCCUGCACGGGGCCAGACUUCCCAGAAAGCUCCACCAAAUCUGGGUCCGCAGAGUGGCCAGGCACCUAAGAACAAUCAGAAGGCGCAAAGCGGCCAGAAGGGGCAGACUGGUUCUCAGGCGGCGGGGGGGUCUCGGGGGGGCAGCCAGCACGCGGCCAAGUGGAGACGGAUGCAGGAAAAUAAGAAGGGACGCAACAGGAGGACCCACGAGCUGCAGAGACCCCCGCGUAGCGUUUGAGAAAAAGCACAGAGAUGCACACAUGCAACCAGAUCUACACAUACAAGCACAAACCCAUGCAUCCACACACAUACACACAAACACAUUCUAUAGAUUGUGUGUCCAAUGUAUGAUUCAGUGACCUCGCCAUGAAAACAGCAGAACAAAAACACCAUAAAAAAGCAGCAGCACACACUUUUAGGUAGAAAUACAUGAGCGACAGUAAAAGCUCUCAUUCAAAGACACACAACACGUAACCUGUGAAGAGGACAAAGAUGAACAGAGGACUGAAAAACUGGAAUGCAUACUGUAAAUGUGUGAGGAUAUGGCCGGUUGCCUGGAAUACUGCCUGGCAGACACUUCAACCUCCUGUACAUAAGCUACUAAAAUAAGACUGGGACAAAAAUGUUUAGUGAGGUGUUUGUUGGUGAGCAGAUGGACUUGUUAUGCUGAGAGGACAGUAGUGGAGACAUUUAUAGAGACAUUUACGGAAGCAGAGACGAUGCAUCCACUGCAACCUGCCGCCCUCUUCAACCUGAGCAUGUGAACAGCAAGAUAGUGUACAUGGAAUGGAUUUUAAAAAAACUCUUAUUUUGAAGGACUGUCUGAGGAGAUCUAGUCUUUCGAGGGGAGACGGACAACAGCACCCUUAAAGGAGGAAAGGGAAGGGUUGCAGCAGUGGCCCUCGUGUUGUUUAAAGACAAACAGAAGCAUUAUUACAUGCAUUAAAAACUGCAAAGUCAUGCCGCGGUGCAGAGAAAGUGCUUCAUCAUCUCCACCUGAGGCUGGGAAAGCAUUGUGCAUGUUGUUGUCAAUCAAUGUUUUAAUAAGCUAGUUAUUUUAUGGAAUUCUAGAGGCUUUUUUUUUUUUUUUUUUUUUACACCCUACCUUAAAAAAAAAGUUACAUUUUUCUUUUUAUAUUUCCUUAAUUUUUUCCAGACCAGUGCUUCUAUUUUCGGGGCAAAAAUUACAAGCAACAUAGUAGUCUCAUUGUGCAUUAUCCCUUCUGCUCUUGAGGAUUCUGUGUAAGUUAUUAUGUUGUUGCUUUUUCUGGGAUUUAUAGAAUCUGGGCACGAAUUCCAGUUGUAGGCUAUGCUAAAAAGCCAGUCUGAAAUAGACUGCCAGUUGUUUUGUGUACAUAUAUACAACAAACUUAACUCUCUGUGUAUAUACAGUACAUAUACAGUACAAGAACACCACUUGAUUAUUAUUUAUUGCUCAUUGUUUUGUGAAAGGGUUGCAUUUAUUUUUGAUAUUAUGGUAUUUUUGGCUCAUCAACAUAUUGGAGAAGCAACAGCAACAGCAACUAAGGAAUCUUUGAUGGACCAACUGGCGGAAAAUUGUGUCAAGGAAUCCCUUUUUGGGGAUAAAAGGGUUGAAAAAUGACUUCGGAGCACGAGUACAGGGGUUUGUGUCAUUACAUUUUUGACAGAGAUCCCACUAACGAUAAGCACAAUUUUGUCUCUUUUGACUCUCAUGACAACUUCAUUAUGUUCUCCUGAAUCCAUUCACACGUCUUUGUUCAUCCAGUAUCCAUUAUGUGUAAGAUAAUUCCCCAAAACUGAAAAACAUUAGCUGUGAAUCUCUGUAAGAAAUAGUGGAGAAAAAUGUUAAAUCUAGUCUGAAGGAGAAGACACGUUAUACUGCAUGUGAAUGCUACCUACAGUAAGUGCAUCUUUUUUAUCGUCUCUUUACGUGUUUUGUGUGAGAGGUAAAGUUCCCUUAAAGCAAGGUGUGAAUUACUUUUGUCCUUUUGCCAAAACAGUGAUAUUAACAACUCUCUGGCCAAAGC